CGAGCGAGCUGCCCAGUCCCGCGGCCGAGCCAGCGACGGAAGAACAGAGCACACCGGACCGGCGGCGGCGAACCCGCGCAGAGCUCGGCUCAAUCAUGGAUCCGGAGAUGGGCGACAGCUACUGGGAGGAGACGCAGCGCUACCUCGAGUACCAGGAGCUCAGCAUCUACCUGGAGGCGCAGGAGGACGCCAUGUCCUGCUACGACUCCAGCUCGCCGGACGGGUCCAACUCCCAUUCCUCCUCGGCUCCGGCGGGUGAUGGUAAGGGAGCCGGCAGCGGCGGCGCCGGCCGCGCCGCGGAUGGGGCCAACAAGAACAUCAUCAUGGAGCGCGACCGCCGCCGCAAGCUCAACGAGAAGCUCUACGCGCUGCGCAGCGUCGUGCCCAACAUCACCAAGAUGGACAAGGCGUCGAUCAUCAAGGACGCGAUCGAGUACAUCCAGCAGCUGCAGGCGGAGGAGCGGCAGGUGCUGCAGGAGGUGCGCGCGCUCGAGUCCGCCGCCGGCGUGCCGCAGGCGGAGGAGUGCUACGCGCUCGGCGACGAGGGCCUCCUCCCGCUCGAGGCGGCGGAGCGGACGAAGAAGCCGAAGCGCGCGCGGUCGGUGCCGCCGUCUGUCGCCGCUCCACCCCCGCCCCCGCCCGUGGAGGUCCUGGAGCUGCGCGUGUCGGAGGUGGGCGAGCGCGUGCUGGUGGUGAGCCUGACGUGCAGCAAGCGCCGCGACGCCAUGGCCCGGGUCUGCCGCGCCAUCGAGGAGCUCCGGCUCCGCGUCAUCACCGCCAGCAUCACCUCCGUCGCCGGAUGCCUCAUGCACACCGUCUUCGUCGAGGUAGAUCAAAUGGAUGGGAUCCAGAUGAAGCAGAUGGUCGAGGCUGCUCUCGCCCAGAUCGACGCCACCGGAAGCCCGCCAAGUUCCAUGAGCUAUUAGGAUGAGGGCUGACUAUAUCAAGAUAUGGUAGUUUUUCGUCUAGUUUGCCAACGUAGUCCCUCGCCGGAUAAGAAGUAUGCUGUGUGUUUGCUGUGUGCUGCCCUUUUCUCAACAUCCCCCUUACGCAUAUGGGAGGUGAGGCAGCGGGUCAAAGUUUAGGUAGUAGACUGAGCAAGUUUGGACUUCAAGUUUCAGAACUAUUGCACGUAUAUGGUAAUGAAGAAUAACAAGGGGACUCACCCGUUAAAGAACUUUGGUGUGCAAUGAAUACUACUGUGCAUGUUAGGAAACCUUAGUCCAAAAGUAAGUAAUACUUUUACCCGCAAAAAAAGUAAGUAAUACUUUAGACAUUGGUCG